AUGGGUCAGGAGGUGGUGCCGAUGGCGGCGGGUAUGGGGGCGCCGCCACCGACUUCUUUGGCUCCAGGGUUCAGGUUUCAUCCUACAGAUGAGGAGUUGGUGAGGUACUAUCUGAAGAGGAAGGCCUGUGGAAAGCCCUUUCGGUUUCAAGCUGUUACUGAAAUUGAUGUCUACAAAUCUGAGCCCUGGGAGCUAGCUGAUUAUUCAUCGCUGAAUUCGAGAGAUCAAGAAUGGUAUUUCUUCAGUCCCGUGGAUAGGAAGUAUGGUAAUGGGUCUCGGCUAAAUCGUGCAACUGGCAAAGGGUAUUGGAAAGCAACUGGGAAGGAUCGAUCUGUGCUUCACAGAAACCAAACUAUUGGAAUGAAGAAAACUCUUGUUUUCCAUAGUGGGCGAGCUCCUGAUGGAAAGAGGACGAACUGGGUAAUGCAUGAGUAUAGGCUUUGCGAUAUAGAAUUGGGAACGGCUGGAGUUGCACAGGAUGCAUUUGUUCUUUGUAGAAUCUUUCAGAAGAGUGGUUUAGGACCACCCAAUGGGGACCGAUACGCACCUUUUGUUGAGGAGGAAUGGGAUGAUGAUGUGGCCCUUGUGGUUCCUGGAGGUGAGGCUGAAGAUGAUGUGCCCAAUGGUGAUGAAGCAAGAUUUGAGGGCAAUGACCUCGACCAGGAUACCCGUCCUCACAGCAUGGACUCGGUGCAAAAUCUUAUCUUUCUUUGCAAGAGGGAGAUAUCAGAAGAUCCCGAACACCUCUGUUUAGCUCAAAAUAAAAGAUCAAAGCAUGAUAAUGUUCCCAACUCCAGCCAUGCAAAUGGAUCAGAAGAUUCAACUACAACAAGCCAGGAUCCCCAGACAAUGAUGAUGACGACAAAUUCUUCCCCUGCACUUUUGGAAUUUCCUUUAUUAGAGUCAGUCGAACUCAAAGAAAAUCAAAACAACCAACCUACAUUUGACUCUUCUAACCUGGAGAAAUCCCUUCCCCCUGGGUAUCUGAAAUUUAUCAGCAACUUGGAGAAUGAAAUCCUGAAUGUCUCCAUGGAGAGGGAAACCUUGAAGAUCGAAGUGAUGAGGGCUCAAGCCAUGAUCCACGUUCUCCAAUCACGCAUUGAAACAUUGACCAAAGAAAAUGAGGAGUUGAGACAUCAUGUCCGGGAAGGGUUCCAUCCCACUGACGAGGAAUUGGUGCGAUACUAUUUGAGGCGAAAAGUCUGCGGAAAAUCUUUCCGAUUCGAUGCUAUUUCUGAGAUCGAUAUUUACAAGGUCGAGCCAUGGGAUCUCCCUAGUAUGUCUAAUCUGAAGACUAGAGAUUUGGAAUGGUAUUUCUUCAGCAUGCUGGACAAAAAAUUUGGUAAUGGAGCAAGGACCAACAGGGCAACUGAAAAAGGGUACUGGAAGACUACCGGAAAGGACAGGACUGUCUACCAUAAGUCACAGAUUGUGGGGAUGAAGAAAACUCUUGUUUAUCACGAAGGCCGAGCUCCAAAAGGCCUGAGGAGUAACUGGGUUAUGCAUGAGUACCGGCUUGCUGAUAUGGAGUUGCAGAAUGCCAGAAUUAAUCAGGAUGCUAUCGUGCUUUGCCGAGUCUUUCAGAAGAGUGGUUCGGGACCAAAGAAUGGCGAACAGUACGGGGCUCCAUUUAUUGAGGAGGAGUGGGAGGAUGAUGAGCUGGAAUUGGUACCCAAACAGGAGGCUGCCGAGGAAGUAGAUUUUGAUGAUGAUCUCUAUUUGGACGGCCAAGACCUUGAGCAGAUUCUUGGAAACAACAUUCCGUCAGAUGAUACUCCCGUUCCAUUGAACACCUACUCUGCAGACAAUGCCAGCUAUGAAGGAGAAACCAGUGAGUCCAAUAGUGGAGCCCAACUGCGCAUAUUUGACAUUGGUGAACAUGGAAGUGAACCUGAAAAGCGUGAUGACCAGAAUCUAUAUCGUUCAAUAUGGUGGUGA